UCACUCAACAAUGCCUGCCCCUCUCUGACUGCACGGUCCCCGCGCCGCCGCCGCCGACACCCAGCAGAGCCCGCGGGGCGGUCCCCACCGACGGCGCAGCCCGCCGGCCCGGCCGCGGGACCCAGAGGCGAGCAGCGGCCGCCACCGCGCCGGAGCGCUCGCCCGUCCGCCGGUCGGUCCGCCAGGUGCUCCGGCCGCCAAGAUGCCCAGCCCGCCCGGACUGCGGACGCUGUGGCUGUGCGCCGCGCUGUGCGCCUCCCCGUGCGCUGGCGGCGCCCCCCAGCCGGGCCCCGCGUCCGCCGCCUGCCCGGCCCCCUGCCACUGCCAGGAGGACGGCAUCAUGCUGUCGGCCGACUGCUCGGAGCUUGGGCUCUCCGCCGUGCCCGGGGACCUGGACCCCCUGACGGCUUACCUAGACCUGAGCAUGAACAACCUCACAGAGCUGCAGCCUGGCCUCUUCCACCACCUGCGCUUCCUGGAGGAGCUGCGUCUCUCGGGGAACCAUCUCUCACACAUCCCGGGACAAGCGUUCUCUGGCCUCUACAGCCUGAAAAUCCUGAUGCUGCAGAACAACCAGCUGGGAGGAAUCCCCGCAGAGGCGCUGUGGGAGCUGCCGAGCCUGCAGUCUCUGCGCCUAGAUGCCAACCUCAUCUCCCUGGUCCCGGAAAGGAGCUUUGAGGGGCUGUCUUCCCUCCGCCACCUGUGGUUGGACGACAAUGCGCUCACCGAGAUCCCUGUCAGGGCCCUCAACAACCUCCCUGCCCUGCAGGCCAUGACCCUGGCCCUCAACCGCAUCAGCCACAUCCCUGACUACGCCUUCCAGAACCUCACCAGCCUUGUGGUGCUGCAUCUUCAUAACAACCGCAUCCAGCAUCUGGGGACCCACAGCUUCGAGGGGCUGCACAAUCUGGAGACACUAGACCUGAACUAUAAUGAGCUGCAGGAGUUCCCCGCCGCCGUCCGGACGCUGGGCAGACUACAGGAACUGGGGUUCCAUAACAACAACAUCAAGGCCAUCCCAGAAAAGGCCUUCAUGGGGAACCCUCUGCUGCAGACAAUACACUUUUAUGAUAACCCAAUCCAGUUUGUGGGGAGGUCAGCGUUCCAGUACCUGCCUAAACUGCACACACUAUCCCUGAAUGGUGCCACGGACAUCCAGGAGUUCCCAGAUCUCAAAGGGACCACCAGCCUGGAGAUCCUGACUCUGACCCGUGCAGGCAUCCGGCUGCUCCCACCAGGGAUGUGCCAGCAGCUGCCCAGGCUCCGAGUGCUGGAAUUGUCUCAUAAUCAAAUCGAGGAGCUGCCCAGCCUGCACAGGUGUCAGAAACUAGAGGAAAUAGGCCUCCAGCACAACCGCAUCUGGGAGAUCGGAGCAGACACCUUCAGCCAGCUGAGCUCCCUGAGAGCCCUGGACCUGAGCUGUAACUCCAUCCGGUCCAUCCACCCUGAGGCCUUCGUGACCCUACGCUCCCUAGUCAAGCUGGACCUGACGGACAACCAGCUGGCCACACUGCCCCUGUCUGGACUUGGGGGCCUGAUGCAUCUGAAGCUAAAAGGGAACCUGGCUCUCUCCCAGGCCUUCUCCAAGGACAGUUUCCCAAAACUGAGGAUCCUGGAGGUACCCUAUGCCUACCAGUGCUGUGCCUAUGGCGUCUGUGCCAGCUUCUUCAAGGCCUCUGGACAGUGGGAGGCUGAGGACUUUCACCUUGAGGAGGAGGAGGCUCCCAAGAGACCCCCAGGCCUUCUUGCCGGACAAGCUGAGAACCACUAUGACCUGGAUCUGGACGAGCUCCAGCUGGAGAUGGAGGACACAAAGCCACACCCUAGUGUCCAGUGCAGCCCCAUUCCAGGCCCCUUCAAGCCCUGCGAGCACCUCUUCGAGAGCUGGGGCAUCCGGCUGGCUGUGUGGGCCAUCGUGCUGCUCUCUGUGCUCUGUAACGGGCUGGUGCUGCUGAGUGUCUUCACAGGCGGGCCUGGCCCUCUGCCCCCAGUCAAGUUCAUCAUCGGUGCCAUCGCGGGUGCUAAUGCCCUAACCGGCAUAUCCUGUGGCCUCUUAGCAUCCGUGGACGCCCUGACCUUUGGCCAGUUCGCACAGUAUGGAGCCCGCUGGGAGAUGGGGCUGGGCUGCCAGGCCACAGGCUUCCUGGCCGUCCUGGGGUCCGAGGCUUCCGUGCUGCUCCUCACUCUGGCCGCCGUGCAGUGUAGCGUCUCCGUCUCCUGCGUCCGGGCCUACGGGAAGGCCCCCUCCCUGAGCACCGUCCGAGCGGGGGCCCUGGGCUGCCUGCUGCUGGCCGGGCUGGCCGCGGCCCUGCCCCUCGCCUCGGUGGGAGAGUACGGGGCGUCCCCGCUCUGCCUGCCCUACGCCGCGCCCGAGGGCCGGCCGGCUGCGCUGGGCUUUGCCGUGGCCCUGGUGAUGAUGAACUCCUUGUGCUUCCUGGCCGUGGCCGCUGCCUACAUCAGACUCUACUGCCACCUGCCUCGGGGCGGCUUCGAGGCCGUGUGGGACUGCGCCAUGGUGCGGCACGUGGCCUGGCUCAUCUUUGCCGACGGGCUCCUCUACUGCCCUGUGGCCUUCCUCAGCUUCGCCUCCAUGCUGGGGCUCUUCCCUGUCACCCCAGAGGCCGUCAAGUCUGUCCUACUGGUGGUACUACCCCUGCCUGCCUGCCUCAACCCGCUGCUCUACCUGCUCUUCAACCCCCACUUCCGGGAUGACUUGCGGCGCCUCUGGCCCUGCCCAGGGACCCCAGGUCCCCUAGCCUAUGCUGCUGCCAGCGAGCUGGAGAAGAGCUCCUGCGAUUCUACCCAGGCCCUGGUGGCCUUCUCUGAUGUGGAUCUCAUUCUGGAAGCUUCUGAGGCAGGGCGGCCUCCCGGGCUGGAGACCUAUGGCUUCCCCUCAGUGACCCUCAUCUCCUGUCAGCAGCCGGGGGGCCCCAGGUUGGAGGGCAGCCAUUUUGUAGAGCCAGAGGGAACUCACUUUGGGAACCCACCACCCUCCAUGGAUGGAGAACUGCUGCUCAGGGCAGAGGGAGCCAUGUCAGCUGGUGGGAGCCUGUCAGUGGGCAGGGCCUUCCAGCCCUCUGGCUCUGUCUUUGCCUCACACUUAUAAAUGGCCCUUCUCACUCUUUUCUUCCCAUGUCUUCCCUCCCCUCUCCUCCCACUCCAUGAAUGAUGGCUGCUUGUAAAAUAAAUCCAACCAAAACUCCACAGUGUGAUCCACAGCAGGACGGCCCAGUCCCGGGGCCCUGGGCUCCACUGGUCUCCUCUCUCCCAUGGCCAUCACCAACAUGUGCUUCUUGGCCUGGGGUCCUCCCCUUGGCCUUCCUCUGGGCCUCUUUCCUCUCACAUCUGAAGCUGUGGACCAGAGAUCUGGACACCUGUCUGGCUGAGGAGAAUGAGGGAUGAGGGAAGCACAAAGGAGUGACUGCGAUGGGGAAUCGAGCAGGUCAAGGAUCAGGGUACAAUGGGCAGGGGGGCCUCACAGGGAAAGACCAAUAAGGGGGCAGCCAAAGGCAUCCGGGCAUCUGCCCUUUGACUUGCGGAUUGGACACGAAAUGUAUUCUGUGUCCUGUUAAUCUCAAGAUAGGACAUGCAAAAAGACUCUGUUCAAAUCAGUUUUAGAAGAUACGACACAUUGUGUCCCUUUCUCAGAGAGUCACAGUGCAUAUUAGCACGGUAACGGCUGCCAGAAUUCCCACAGCGGUAAAGUCUGUUGAACUUUGUUUAACCCACUUCCCCAAAAUAUUUGACAACAGGUUUUUGUUUGGUUGGUUUUCAUGGACUAUCCGUUAACAUCUCACAGAAUGUAACACUGCUCUCUCCUGGGGCCCCUCAUGUCUACACCACCUAGUGUUCCCCAGUGACCUCACAAGUGCCACCGAUCCUAGAAAACCCCUAUUGUAGGAGUUUCACCUGGGGCAAAGAUGAUUCCACCAACCGGAGAAGACUCUCCACACUACUUUCCCAUCCUUCUUGCUUUGCUCUGGGAAGGAUGGGGGAGAGGCUGCCUUUGGCCCCGCUCACUGGGGCAGGGAUAAAGAGAUCCCGCACGGGGUCCCCCGUCUUCCCAAAGCCUAACCACCAGUGCAACUUCUGCCCUUAGUAAGAGAGUGCGUCCCCGGAUCCUGGCAGGGUACACACAGGGAAGUCAAUGAUUGCUUGGCUUCCUUCUGGCUCUGACUUGCCUUCCUGUGGUUCUCCACCAUAAGCCUCUUGCCAACUCCGGCCACAAGCCUAGUUUCUUUGCAUCCCAGGUCCUGCCUUCUCUGUGGGACAGGGAGCCCCUGGCCAGCAAACUAGAGGGAUGUUUGCAUUGUAUGUGUUGUUUUGUAGGAAGCAUUAUAGGAAUCUGGGGUCCCUGGAUGCCCCAAAGAAGCAUGAUGCUUCUGCCCCUCCCAUCAUAACCUUCCUACCUUAUGGUUUACCAGGUGCUUCUGAGCAUUCUAGCACUCCCCACCCCAAACACACACGCAUUCGAUCUCAGGAUGAGGAGGUAAGAGCUAGGACAUUCUUGGAGACACAAAAAGGGAACCCAAGGCUCAGAAAAGAGGUUCUACUAUUAAGACAACUCUGAGAAGGUCCUUCCUAGCCUGCAGUUUAUCUUCUCGUCUAUCUCCCCACUGCCCCUGGUGCCCAGUGGAAAUGCUGAUGCAUGUCCCCAAGGCUGACUAGGCUGGGGAUGAAGGGAUGAGGCAGAGACCGUGAGUGGAACUUGGCGUAUUUCUAAACCUCAUUUGACCAGCAAGUUGCCUGGACUCUUACAGGCUCUGGAGCUAAAUGUGCUGACCUUGUGAUCACCCAUCCACCCUGUGGCUCCUAGCAUAGGGUGAACCUCAGAGUAGGCACUCACUGGAUGAUGGGGAAUUCAUUCAGCAAUUGGUUAAGAACCCUUGGCUCCUGUUUUCUAGGGCUGACGAAGAGCCUUUUAUGGGAGGAAUUUGCUCUCCUUUGGGUACUGGGAGUUGGUGACUGUUAUGUGGAACGUUUCUCAGAGGUGCCCCAGGGAUGUCAAAGUAGGUGAGAUUUGGGGGAGCCUGGACUUUUAGGAAGUCCUUCAGGCCCUUCCUCACAGCUACCCCCACCCCAUGUGAUCACUUUUCCCCUUGGGGCCAGGGAGCCAGUGUUGAGUGGAAUGUGGAGUGAAGUGGCCACGUGUUGGAGGUUUAGGAGUCAUGGGAACAGUCCCCUACAGGUGGCCUCUUCUGUGAAAAGGGCGUCAGUGUUUUUUGGCUGCAAGCUCUCGGGUAGCGCCACUGUCCUCUUAUCAUUUACUCCCAAAGAUCUGGGCAUGUGCCAAGUCUGGCCCUUCUGGGCAGAGGAAAGGUGUAGGGGAAGGGAGUGGAGGCAUUUACCAUGAACUAUCUUCCUUAUUCAGAAAGCCUAGUCGAUGCUGUACAUUUACCCAAAAUAAGGCGGCGAAGUAGUUUCUUUGUUUCUGACAGACUUUCUAGCAAGUCAGUAUUUUACUCUUUUGGUUAUCUCCAUUAUAAUCACUAGAAGACUAUAAGGUUUUAUAUGUCUUUGAUGAAACCCAAAAUCAAAAACCAAAUAACUCAGUGCAUGUGAAAUCUUCCAAAAUGGUGUCCAUGGGGAUGAAUCCAUCCAAAGGGCCGUGGUGGUAGAAAUGUUGGGAGCUGCUGACUUGGGAUGUCCUCCCCUGGCCUCCUUGCAUUGUGCCUUGGCAAACAGUGCCUACCACAGUCUCUUCUUCUCAGACCAACUUGCGGAGAACUUUCUAUAUUCGACCAAGGUUUUUAAAGCACCUCUGCACAUAUCAAGAGGAAAACUCCUUAAUUCAGUGCUGAGAUUUGAAGACUGUGGAUUAACAGAGCCUCUGGUUACGCUUUCUCUUAGCCUUCCUCUCCCUACCUCUGGUUCCUCAACCUCCUUCCGAAUUUUCCUCUUCCAAGAAGAAUAAAAGGUUUGAGGAUUGAGGGAGGGGAAAGAAGAGUUUCCAACAAUUAGUAGGGCCUGAAUGAGUGAGGAUGACGGGAAGUAGCUAGAAUCCUUGAUCCUGUCUGGCACCAUCUCCUCUAACUACCUCUGCUCUGGUGUAGCAAGUCCUCCCACCCACCCUGUAUCCCUCACAUCACUUCUGGGUCCCCACCCCGUGCCCUCUCCAGCUGUGUGAAGUGUAAGAAUUGUCGAGAUGUAAAUAUUUGGAUUCUUCUGUACA